AUGGCUGCAUCAAAACAAAAGAAGCGUCCAGAAGAUAAAAAGGGGAAGAAAAAUACGAAACGGAAAGCUCGCAAAUCGAAACGUCCGCCAUCCAAAGAGAACGGUAAGAGGAAGGGGAAGCCAACUCGGAGAGCAUCGAAUGAAGAAUCGGAAAAGCCUAAAGUUGUUACACCAAAAAGACGUCGUCGAUCUGAAUGGAGAUGGAAGUUGAAACAAAAAGGAGGAAAGAACAAGCGAUAUAAUAGACAGGAUUGGUACUGGGGAUUGAUUUCACAACAAGAAGCUGAGGCGUAUCUUAAAGGUUCUCCUGAAGGAACAUUUCUGGUUCGUAGCCAGAUUGAUCGUGAAGAAGAAGUAGUGAUGUUAUCAGUAAUAUAUAGUGUAAAAGAGGGAGAAGCUCCAAAGUAUGAUCAUUUAAAAAUAUCAAUAAAAGGUGCAAAUUGGCAACUGGAAACGGAAACGGGAACUAAAACCGGCCCAAGUCAUAGAUCAAUUAUUGAGCUACUUGAUUACUACCACAAUCAGUUUAUUGGAAUGAAAUUUUUCGCAUUGAAAUUUCCAUUGAAACGUCCGGAUUGGUUUCUUAAAAGUCAUAAAAUAAUGACCUGCGGAGACAACUCUGUACUCGGAAGUGGUAACUUUAGUAAAGUUGUGAUUGGUGCUUUCCGUCGUCGUCUGGUUGCUAUCAAAAUCUUGACUUCCGACGGUGGUCGUUUUCAAUUAGAUCGAGAAAGUUUGAUGAAGGAGGCAACAAUAACGCACAAAAUGGAGCAUCCUCACAUCACAAAAGUUAUUGGGAUAUCAAUCGACACUCUUCCUCCGAUGCUUGUUAUGGAAUUGAUGGGACCAUCACUGCUAUCUCAUCUUGAAAAAUAUGGGAAAUAUACAACUAUAGGUGAGAAACUUCAUUAUUGUUUACAAAUGGCUUACGGAUUAAACUACAUGACUGAAAAAGGUAUUGUCCAUCGAGAUAUUUCUGCAAGAAAUGCAAUGUUCAGCCGAUAUGGAAUUCUGAAAUUAGCGGAUUUUGGUCUGUCUGAUUUCGCGGUCAACUUGACUGCUGUUAAUACUGCAAAAGCUGCGUUGCCUGUGAAUUGGUUUGCUCCAGAAUCUCUUACCACGCCUGCAGUAUUUAAUGAGAAAACUGAUGUUUGGAUGUUUGGAGUAACUUGUAAUGAGAUUUUUGGCAAUGGAAAACGUCCACUACCACAGUUCGAUUCACUGCCUCGCGGACAAAAUGUGGGUCAAAUCAUAGCAAAAUACAAAGAUGGAGAUAUUCUUCACGUCUUUCCGAAAUUUGUUCCCAAUGAAAUUCAGUCUCAAAUGAAGAGACUUUGGCUCCGGAAUAGUAGUGAGCGUCCCUGUUUCAAAGAAAUAGUUACCUCUCUUGAACUGUGGACGAAAGUUCAAUAUCCUGCACCUCCACUCGAAAGACAAACUAUCAAUAUGAUAUCAGAAUGUACUCCAUUAACACGAGCAGAGUACGAGGUACUUUAUAAUAAUAACUGUGAUUGGUUGCCAGCCGUGAGAAAAGUGAAAGUAAAAAAGGAGAAGAAAAAGACCAGUAAGCAUAGUGUUGUUGGAAGUAAAAAGAAUGCCCGAGGAACUUUGAAAGAGAUGAAGAAGAAACUUCGCCAAAAAAGGAAAAGAGAAAGGAUGAGGAUCAAAUUAAGGUGGUGGAGAGAAAGACGUCGAAACGAAAAACAAAGAAUUAAGACUCUCAUUGACUAUGAAAGGACGUGUCAAAAAAAGCGUCCAAAGCUAACGAUUGGAUACAAGAAGACUCGUGACGGUCAUGUAAAGUUAGUUGAUUUAUACGAAAAGUUGAUGAUAGUUCGAUGGAGAAAGAGAAGACCAAAUCGACAGACAAGAUUUAGACUUCGAAGACAUCGUCUCAUUAAUAAAAAGUCAAAACAUCCAGCAUCUCGAAAUAGAAAAUCAAUGAUAGGAAGAAAGAAAAAAGAGGAAAGGAAACGAGUGGAGGUCCCAAAGAUGCCAAAAAUCACGAAGCUUGUUGUCAAAAUAGGCCAGAAGAAAGUUGCUGGAGGAAAGUAUAAAAUGCUACCAACUCUGAAAAGAGGGACGUCUGCGAACCGAGGACAGAUGGAUCCAAAGGCUGAAAAGAGAAUGAGAAAGAUUAGAAAGAAGAAGAGACAUCUGAUGAGAAAACUGAUUGCGAGAAAGUUAAGAAAGAAGAGACGUGCUCUCAGAAGGCAACGAAGACGACAGACUCUCAGAAGACGUCAUCGUAGACAUCGGCUCGUUUUAAGAAAAAAAGCAUUGGGUGUUGAUCUGAGAGAGAGAAUGAGAAACUUGAAGAAAAGAAGACGUGAAAAGGCAAGAAUGAAAAACCGUUUGAAACGAGACAGACGAAUCGGGAAGGUGCUUCGUGAUUGGAGAAAAUUGAGACACAUUUUAUCAGAGAGACAAUUAAGUAGAGCUCUGAAAAAACAUCUGAAACGAAGCGAGAAACAGUUGAAAAGGAAUCCAAAUGAGGCGGGUGUACCGAAGAUUCGAACUCCUCAAAGUGGUAGAAAAAAGAAGAAAGUUAGAUCCGAACUUUGA